AUGUCUACGAGCCAGAGCGACCCAAAUGCCGUUGACUGCAGUGUCGAGGCUGAUCGGAGCAAACUCAAGGGCAAGACCGCCAUCAUUACAGGGGGGGCAAAUGGAAUAGGGGCGGUCUAUGCCCGAACUUUAGCCAGCGCAGGGGCCUAUGUCAUGAUCGGUGACCUCGAUGACCGUCGUGCGGCAGAGAUAGCAUCAUCAUACCCAGGACAAAUAUGGACCUCGCAUUGUGACGUGACCAACUGGGAGGACCAGGCAAAGAUGUUCGAAGAGACGCUGGCAAAAUCGCCCAGUGGUCGUGUCGAUAUUGUUGUCGCCAAUGCUGGAAUUAGCGGGCAAGAUCCAGUGUUUGUGGAUGACUCCUCCGCACCGACACCGCAGAAGCCAAAUCUCAAGAUAUUGGACAUCAACCUAAUUGGUGUCUUCUACACCAUUAAGUUGGCUCUCUUUUACUUCCGCAAGCAGUUCAACGCGGCUGUCUCGGCAGGGAAUGAAGGUCCGGACUCGAGCCUUGUUCUGCAGGGCAGUCUUGCCGGCUACGUUGACCAACCCGGUUCACCACAGUACAAUGCUUCCAAAUUCGGGCUUCGGGGCACUAUGAGGUGCUUGAGAAGGACAUCUUUACAACACGGCACCAGGGUUAACUAUAUCGCGCCAUGGUACAUCAAAACCGACAUUAUCAGCGAUGCUGUCGCUGAACGCAUUACCUCGAAAGGAGCCGUCUUCGCCUCGAUCGAUGACGCGGGCGAGGCUCUCGUGAGGAUCGCCUCCGACACAAGUGUGCAAGGUCGAUCAUUGGCGAUUGUCCCUCGCAUCUGGGCGCCCCUCGGAUACUUGGAUGUGGAUCAUGACGACUAUAAGGAUGGAGAUUUCCUUAAAGGAUGGCAAGAAAUAGUCCUGAGAACCAGCCACCGCCUGACAGGGCCAUCUGUCAUCAACUGA